AUGAGCAGUUCAAAGGAAGAUUUAAAGCAAAUUAUAUCUAGCCUUUCUAGCGCUUCGUCUAGCAAGGUUUACAAUGCCCUCGUUCAUGUAAGAACGAAGGCGAUAAAAUCGCAAACGAUUCUGAAAAAGAUUCUGUCACAAGGAUUGAUUCCACAAAUCCUGAAAAUCCUGGACAAUGCAGACACAACAGAGAAGAAACCGAAAAUUGCCGAUAUUGCCCUUAGUAUCCUCGGCAACCUUUGCAUGGAACCAGACACCAGGAACGAUGUCAUAACAAGAAAUGGGGUUGCCGCUCUGGCGCGCCACCUCCUGGAAUCGUCAGUAGAGAGCAUACAGAACCGAAGCUGUCGAGGUCUGGCUAAUUUGGCACUCACUCCAUCAGCCUGUUCCCAGAUCAUCAGCUUAGAAACACUGCCACGGGUGGUCAAGCUGCUCAACGAAACCAAGACGAAAGAAUGCAAGCUCACAUACUGUCGGGCAUUCCGGCUUCUGGGACGAGUCCGUGAUAACCAGAGAAGGGUUGUGGAGUCUGGUGCGGUGCUGCAAGUUGCCAAGCUGCUGAAGAAUGACGAUGCAGACAUUGCGAAUUGUGCUCUGAGGACAGUGUCUGAGCUUAGCAAAUCAGGAUGCUGCUCGAACUUUGCUCGGCAGAUAAUCGGUGCAAGUAUCCUGGACCACCUUGUGUCAACAGUUGAUUGUGACAAUGAUGAUGAUUCCCAUGAGGCACUGUCAAUCCUCUACAAUCUCACCAACCAAGCUGACGUCCGGGCAGCCAUUGGAGCAGCCGGAGGUAUUCAACUAUUUAUACGUCUGCUGCAGCAGGAGACCAACAGAAGUCACAUCAACGUGAUAUCCGUCAUCAAUGCUUUGUGUUUGUGUGGAAAAGAGGCCGUCAACCGGAUCAAAAUUCGAGAACAAGGAGGGCUUGAGCUGUUUAUCAAAGCCCUAAGGACCCCAUUUUUUGCACAGAUCCAUGACCGAAUUAUUAGUGGGUUGGUCUGCUUCUUGUAUGACUUUGACAGUAUGGAUGUGCUUCUGGAGAACAACGUUGUGGAGGUGCUCCUUAUACACCUCCAGAGAUGUGGAGAUUUUAAGUCAUCUGUUGAUACCUUAACAUUUGCGAAUCACACAGGGAAGAGCAAGUUGUUGAAACCCUCAGAGAAGCUAUCUACCUCACAUGUGAAAUGUGAUACUUCUAUAUGUUCUCUGGAUGAAGACCAGUCUGAUCUGUGUCUGGAAGCUGCAAGUGACACUGAUGAAAGAAGUGCUUUGUCAAUGAGACCAAAAGAUCUCACUAUAGAUCAAGCUUCUAAAGUUGAAAAUGAGGUCAUUGAAUCUAUUCAGGAAGACCCUAAAAAGCAUCUUCACAAAUUUAGCAUAGACAGUCCUACUUAUGAAGUCAACACUGAAUGGAAUCUUGAAAACUUUGCUGGACAGACAUGUAAGCAGAGUUUCAGUCAACAGAGUGUUCUGAGGUCACCCUCUCCUGAACCACCUCUCAGUCCACUCAGCCCCCUCAGCAACGACACUUACUUCUCCCCUGCCCAGUCCUCCCCAUCUUACAGCCUCCCAAGGAGUCCUGAUUCUGUGCCAGGGAGUCCAUCAGCUUCUAAUUUUGACUCUCAGUACCAUCCAGUGCUUAGUGUUUCUUAUACUUGUGGAAGUCCCGAGAAGACUCCAUCUGGAUCGAAGUCCACUAUAGCUGUGAACCAGCCAUGUUACUCCUCAACUGAAGAGGAUGAUAUUUGUGAUACAGUAAAACAGAAGAAUGAAACAGAGAAGGAUGAUGCCGAGAAGGAUGAAGACUGUCCCUCCCUCGACACAUCAUCCACAGAUGUUUCAUCAGAGAAGAUUGAAAAGCCAGAUUCGGUUGAAGAUUCAGGAGCAAGAGAGGAUGAAUCAGUUGAAGUUCUUGGCAAGAAUGUGUAUGGCAAGCGACCCCUAGCUUUAAGGUCACCUUCUUACAAGUUGGUAGAGUCCUGCUCUAAGCGGAAAAAGACGGAAUCAAAGAGGUCAGACAUUAUGAAGACUACAGAGCACAACCUCCUGAUCCUGUUGUCCAGAAUAUCGGUGAAGACCAAUCCCUCCAUGUACCUUAUAACGUCCUCUGCAAUGUCCUGCCUCGUGGACUACCUUUUCUAUGUACCUUUACCUCAUUCCCGAUGUGUCCGAACACUGUCCCGAUUAUUUAAGAACCCUCAUUGCCUUAAAUCGUGCCUUCUCCUCACAGUACCCGUUGUCAUCUACAAGAAAAUCAUCCUGGAUUCAGAUGGAAUCGACAAGGAGACUUACGAACACUUUAGCCAGCGAUCAUCCCAUUCCCGACGAUGUAGUCGAGUCAGCACUUCAUCUGAGGACUCAUUCUGUGGAGGUUAUUUAACAAAUUUGGAGAACAGCUAUCCUGGGUCUACUAGCGGUACCAAAGAUAAUGCUUUGGACUUCACUCAUGGUCUUCUUGCAUCACCAACCUCCCCUCGGAGCGAGACGGAACUCAGCUUCAAGGUCGGCCAGUCACCGAUGUCACAGAAUGCAGCUGAGCUCAGUGUUGCUGAUGUAGGACAAAGCGGGCUGAGUUUGUUGAAGGAUCUGAGUUUCUCUGCCGAGUCACCGUAUGGGAAGGGCAUCAUCUCGUCCAUCUUGUUGAGGGGAUCUCAAGAGGACAAAUUACUGUGUACCGUCUCUCUGCUCUUCCUGUGUUGGGGCUCAGUGAUGCAGAAGCAGUACUUAAUCCGAUACCAUGUUCUGGACACAGUCCUGGAGCUCCUCAAGGCAGAACUCCUGGAUCCAGGACCCGCUUUCAUGGCCAUUGUUGCUGGUCUCACCUUCAUCUGUAAACUCAACAGCAUUCCUCUCAAACUGAAGCAGGAGAGAUCAGACACAGUGUUCAAACCUGCCUCCCAGUCUGAAAACUGUAGCACUGACCAAUGCAUAUAUCAGGGUCUUCACGUGGAUCUUGUAUUCAAAGUUGACAGUAAAAAGAUCCAAGCCAAUCGAGAAAAACUCGUACAGUCAUCUGCCAUGUUUCUGGCAAUGCUCGAGGGUCACUAUUCAGAAUCCAGCCAGUCGGAAAUCGCCAUUCAAGACACAUCGCCAGAAGCAUUGGAAUAUGUCCUUCAUUAUUUGCAGGGGUGUAAUCUUGGGUGUCCUGUCAUGAAGAAAGUCAACUCCGAUACCAGUGAUGUGACUGUAGAGUUUCUUCUCGAUGCAGUAGCCCUAGCUGAUAGAUUCCUCCUCGCAGACCUGGUUCAGUAUCUGAAAGUGUCCAUCUCGUCUCACCAUCUGGAUUCAGCAUCCUGUGCCACAGUGUUUGGGUUUGCGUCUUUUCACGAGUUCUCGGACCUGGCGUCAGACUGCGUGAAGGUGGUGCUGUGUUCACCGAUCAGUCUGUCGGAGAAGUCACAGCUGCUGGCACAGAUGCUGAGUGGGGAAUGUGCCGAGAUUUUUGUGGAGAUGCUGAAGGCAGUCCUGAGAGAGGGAACAGAAUGAUUUUGUCAGUCAUAAUGAAAUAAAUUAUUUUGAUUUGUUA